AUGACACCGGUCGCAAACCUCGUGCAAGCUGCCACGACGCUGCUCAGAGAACACCGCUCCCGCCCUCUUCUGGUCUGCCCGCCGCGUGAUGUAAGUCCUGAGGAACAGAGGCCAAGGCUCUCGCGGAAGAAAAAGCUGCCGAGAUCCAGAACCAAAGAAACGCGCUCCCAGCCCGGCACUGCACAGUGGGAAGAGAGCCCGCAGAGAGGAGUCCGUGUCGGGGCAGAGCGGGGCCUCGCAAUGCGAGGUGUCCGAACACCCCGCGAACAAGAGCGAAGCCUGUCUUCUUCUAGUGCGUCGCUUCCCUCUCAAACCGAGCACGGAGGGGGAGACGGCGGACGGCAGAGAAGAGAAGAUCAUCGCGCUAGAGGCGCUUCUUCCUCUUCUCGUCCUCUUUCGCCGACUGUUCGCCGAGCCGAAAAACCAGCGCAACUCGAGGAAACUGACGAGGAGGACGAAGGCGAUUGCUUUGCGAAUUUGAGCUUCCACACGCGACUCGAUGGCGCAGAUCCCACGAGCGACCUCGAAGUCGCGACUUGCUGCAUCGACGGCAGAGGCUGGUGCUUCUUCACCGUCCAGGGCACUGAACCGUCACGCGCGACUCGCCCGUUGCUUGACACCGUCCGCUCUUCCACAGACAGAUCGGAAGAAGGAACGCAAAGACGGCGGAAACCCGAAGGUGUGUUGCUCUGUCUCGACACAGGUGUAGUGACACCGGUCAUUCACCCCGUCUUCUUCCCGACGUCUGUCGACCCCGCCCGCGUUCUCUUGCCUUCGGUCGCCGCCCACCCUGUCGGCGGCAUCACGUGUGCAGUCGGCCAGGCCGCUGUGACCAUCAGGAGACCACUCGCGAGAAGAACCAGGAGACGGAGAGCGGCAGACUCGAGAGCAGCCGAAAGUGGAGAAGAGGCAGCAGAGGGAGCAGAGACCGAGGAGGGUCCUCGCAGUGGCCGAAGCCGAGAGAGCAUAGAAAUCGGAACAGAAAGAGGAAACAGAGGAGAAGACAGGGAAGAGGAAGAAGGCAGGGGAGAGGAAGAAGGCAGAGCUGCAUUGCUUCUACAGAGGGACAGCGCGAGUUUCGGAGGCGAGGCCGCCAGGAGCCGGGACGAGAGAUGCCGACGAAGGAGAGGCGAGAGCGACAGGGGCGAGUCAGGAGAAGAGAGAGGGAGAGAGAUGAAAUGCCCGGAGGAUCGGAGACAAACGGACGAAGCGAACGGCGCGGGAGGGGCUUCUAUUCGUCGAGGCGGGGGGUCACGGGGGGAGUACCCGACUGGUGCGCGACGAGCUGAGGAAGCGAGAAGGAAAGACGUCUGUCCAAGGGAGGCCGGUGAGGUGUUUUCUCUUUCUGCGCCUGCGGCAGAAGAGAAUUACCGAGCGCGCGAAAACCAAGAGGAUGGUUUGAAGAGUGAACACGGGACGCGAGACGCGCCACUGGGUGUCUCCAGUGAGUUUCCGCGAGAAGAAAGCUGGGCGGAGGGGCUCGGCGUAUUCUUCUCUUCCUCGACGUCUCCCUCCGUGGCGUCAUUCUCGCCUUCUCCCUCUCCCUCUCCCGGAUGUGCAGACCGCCGGGACAGGCGAGGCGAGAGCGGCGGCGCGCCCCACGCAGGAGAACUGCGAACGCGAGAGGAAGACGCGCAAGACCACGAGGAGGAAGAACAGGAAGAGGAAGAGAACGAAGCGGAAGCGAACGAGGAGGAAGAAGGGACGCGAAGUGAUUGGUGGUUUUAUCCGGUCGACGAAGACGAACCCUGGAACCUCGUGCCGAUGAUGGAAGUGAUGAACAGCCGAGACCUUCACGAACUUGCGCAGCAGACGACUCUGAACUUCGGAGGGAGCCUGGAGAACAGCGUCUGCAUCUACGCCUUCGACCGCUACAGCGCCUGUUGCUGGCUGCUCUGGCAGCCUGGACGCUCCGUGCGCGAGCACGGGAAGGGCGAUGCGGCUGUGAGUCUCGAGUGCGCCUAUUUGAUUCAACUCCCCGCCCAGCUGUACUGGCGGGAGGCCCAGCGGUGUCUGUUGGCGUUGCGGGCGAAGCAGCGGCGGGACAGAAGGCGAGAACGCGAGGCGAGGCGGAGACGUCGAGAGCGCCGGAGACGCGAGCGAAGCGACGGCCGCGGAGCGGAGUCGAGCGGAAGCAGCUCUUCGGACAGGGAAGGCACCGAAAACGACGAGGCGUUCAUGGCGUCGGCCGCUGCGUCCCUCUUUGGCCCGGGGGCCUGCGACACCUCGUUGGUGCCGGGUGGAUGUACACCUGGCGGCGCGCCGUACAACGGGGCGAGCGCGCCUCCCGCGCUGCUUCACAUCAUUUCGCAAGACGCGCGGCACCUGGAAGUCCGGGAGAUGUUGCCGACGUCCACGGGGCACCUUCUGAUCAUGGCCGAGGCGGGGAACAAACUGAAAAAGAGCACGAAACCUACCGCGCAAGUCGCCUCUCCCGGCGCAGGGUCGCUGAGCCCGCCUGCGUUGAGUCUCGUUCGCGCCUCGACGAUUGCGGCCCGAGGCGGGACGCUGCACGACUCUGCUGUAUCCGAGCAGGGCGGCCGCGGCGCCUCGCAGCCGCGGCGCUCAGACGCUGCAGGGACGUCUUCGACGGCCCUCCUCCCCGGCGCGUCGCUGUUCGCCUCUCUCUCCUCCACGCUGGCAUGGGCGGCUGCGCCUUCUGGGGUCUCUCCGCGCAGCGAGGCCGGCGACGGGAGCGUUUCAGAAGCCGGCGGCGCCUCGUCGAUUCCGUCCUCGGUGCAUGCACGCCGGCUCGGUGCGCAGGCGACCAGCCACGUGCUCGGCUCGCCGUCAGACCUGUUUCCAGGACGCGCGCGAGAGACUGCCUCGGCGAGUGCAUCGGGGCCUGGCGCCUUCGUCUCGUCCCGGCUCCCGCCGAUGACCGCGUCGGGUGUAUCGACAGCUGGCGGCCCGCUGCUUGCGCGGGCCGCCGUUCCGCACCUGCCGCUAGGCUCCAGGGCGAGCGACGCGUACGCGCUUCAGCAGAGCCACGUGCUGGCCGCUGCGGCGGAUCCAGAGGGCGAAGAAGGCACAGACUGCGACGCGGUUCUCCUCUUCCUCCUCGAUGGCCUGCUUCAGUGCGAGGCCUCUGCUUUUCAGGGGGCCGCCGACGCGCCGUCGCCGUCGGCGGGUGGUGGAAGAGACACGUGGGCGGACAGCGCGCGGUCUCGGAAGUUCGGCGGAGGGAGUGGAAGAAGAGGGAUGGCCAGUGCAGCGUCUUCUUUGCUCGGGGAGAAGGUGAGCGGCCAGGGGAUCUGCGCGGUGCGAAGACGCGAGAUAGACGCCCAGCUGGCGUCUUCCGCGGGCUUCCCGUGGGGCCUCGAUGCGUCUCCGCGCGAGACGGGGAGUGUGUUCCCUCUGCGAGCGUCGUCUGCUCCUUCUUCGUUUCCGUUGUCUCCGAGGAAUGCGCGCGCGAUGUGUUGCUUCUGUCGCCUGCGAUGUGGGGGCGGAGGCUGUGGAGACGGGGUGUCUCUUUCUGAGGACUUCUUCGGCCUCUGGAGCGGCGCCCCGGCUUCUUCUCUCGGCAGCGGUCGCCUCGCGCUCCACAGAAACUUCCUCGACGUGGAAAUCUGCUGCUCUGACGGCGUGCGGCUUCCCUCGCACCGAGCUCUCCUGGCAGCCAAAAGCGCCUUCUUCGAGGCGAUGCUCACCGGCGCGUGCGUGUGGAGAGAACAGGAGCCCCAGAGCGACCGAGCCACGGGGCGAAGAGACGGGAUUUGGAUCCUCAACCUUCCCAGCCACAGCAGCCGCGUCGUGGCCCCGAUUCUUCAGUACCUCGCCACCGACAAACUGAUGAUUCCGUCUCGCUGUUGCUGCUCGCGUUGCUGCCCGUUUUUGAAGUCGGGAACGAAUGCGGCGCGCGAUGCCUCGGGGACAGCCGGAGAGCCGGACCCCUGCUGCUCGAGGUGUAUGUACACCUGGCUCCUCGAGCUUUUCGCUUGCGCCGAGUUCUGUCUCCUUCAACCUCUUCAGCUGGAAAUCCUCCACCUCGCUUGUCGAUACAUCAACAAACACAGCGCCCUCUUCGCGCUUUGCAGCCCGUGGACCGCCCCGCAUCCUCGUCUCCUCCGGUUUGCCGCCCAGACUCUGAUGCUUCACUUCCCUUGUCCGUCUGCGUUUCUCCGGCCUCAGCCUUCUCUUCUUCCUGCUGAUCUGUGCACUUCGGGCCACAGCGGGGAUGUGGACCCGGUACUCGCAGCAGAGAGAGGAACAUCUCAACAUCUUGGGGACGGACAGCGGAAAGAAGGGAAGCGAGGAGAGGCAGAGAGGAAAGAAGCGCCUCUCUCAGUCUUGGCGCGGGCCCCGGUUCUCCCCCACAUCUGUUGUGCGGUCAACGCUUGGUUCAUGACGAGCUCAGUUUGUUCUCCCGUCGUCGCCCAUUUGGUGCAGCAGCUACUCUCUGCGAGGAAACCGUUGUGUCGCAAAGUUCGAGCCAAGUGGACAAACCCUUCAGGUGAAGGACGGGAACCCCUCCAGGCGUCUCUCGCUAAGGCUACUCUUCUGUUCAUUUUCGGCUACCGAAUGUGUCUCCCGGGGUACUCGACUUUCUCUCCAGAUAUCCUCCUGGUCCUUCCCGAGCUCCGCGAGCCUCAGUCCGAACCGCGCGACCGAUCUGCGCUGCUGUUGCCUGGCGCGGAUUACGAAGAUCCAGACGACGGAUGUGACCCUAUGCACUGGCCUGGCAGGGGUUGGGGCGAACGUGCACUUCAAGAUCCGUUUACAGCUGGGGAAGUCCCCGGACGCGAGUCGUUCGGUCUUGUUGAGAUCUGGGGGAAGGCUCUCGGGCUCUCAAGAGAAGUACGCCGACGAGUUGAACGCGAACUGCAAGGAAUCAUCGCCACUAUGUGCUAA